AUGUCAUCUACAAAACCAACAAUAAUAUAUAAUGAUAAUUUUGAUUUAUGGCCAUUAAUUUCACCUAUACUACAAAACUAUCUUCCUUUAAGAAACUUACAUUGGAAAUAUAAUAAUCGUUCACUUAAAUCUAUUCAUUAUCUAGAUGUGGAUAUAAAACCAUAUAAUCAUAUUAAUUCAGGUGAAAAACCACAUCAACUAUUAAGUCUUUUGGACAUGCCAUAUUUAAAUAUGUUUUUGGUAAAAUGCGAUGAUAUUGAUACAUAUCGUAGUUAUAUUCGUGCAAUGAUUCGGAAAUGGCAUAAUUCAGUUUUAAUGAAAAAAAAUCAAGAAUGGCUUAUAAUACAUGUUACUUUUCAGUCAGAUUCAUUAUCUAUAACUAGAAACACUACCCCUUCAAAAUUUUUAACUAUAAAAACAUCAGUAUAUGAUAAAAUUAAGGCCGAUUUUAAUGUACCAAAAAAAGAUAGAUGCGUCCAAUUACGCUUAGGAGAUACAGAUGAAAUUGAUGUAUGGCAAGAUCUGAUAAUCAAAAUGAAAGAAGGUAUUCUUACAAGCUUUAAUACUAGAAUAGCACAAUAUGAAGAAGAUAUAAAAAAAAUGGAUUCUCAAAAAACUUUACCAGGAUGGAAUUAUUGUACUUUUUUUAUCCUAAAAGAAGGAUUAGCUCAAUCUUUUGAACAUAUGUCGCUGAUUGAAGACGCAUUGAUUCAAUAUGAUGAGCUAGAGUCAUUAUUUUAUCAAACAUUAAGAGAUAAUCAAUUAACUUGGUUUGGUAAUGCUGGAGGAACACAUCUAAAUGAUGAUUCAGAAUCUAUAUUAGAUAUUUCCAAAAAAUCAUAUCGAUUAUUUAUAUUACAAAAUACAAUAUCUUUUUUUGAUUUCAGGAUUUAUUUAUUUGCUCGUCAGUGUCAUUUACUUCAGAAACUAAGAGAAUAUGAAGAGAUUCUUCAAAGAGGGAGAAAUUUCAUUACUACCAUGGCAGCAACAUUGCGAAAAUAUGAAGAAACAUUAGUCCCUUGGUUUAUUGAAAGUUGGGUUUGGAAUAGUGUUCAUAAUCUUAUAAGUAUUACGAAAGAUAUCUCAAAUAAUAAAAAUAUUUCUGCGCUUAGAGGGGAACUUCUAUUCUUAGCUCGACUGCAGCUUGACAAAAUUGGAAUUGCAUUUGGACAUAUACCAAAAGAUUUAUUGUUUAGUCAUAAACUUACUAAUGUUCCAGAAAAUGAUAAGAAAAUAAGAUUAGAAGAAAGUGAACAUAUUACAAAUAUUAAACUUAUUCAAAUGAUAGAUUCUAAAGAAGAAUUUUUAGAGGAAUAUCAUGUUUUAAAUAGACAUAUAUUAAAAGAAUUUCAAUAUGGGAAUAAAUCAAAUGCUGAAAAAAGAAUUCUAGGUGAUAUAGCUGCAUUUCAACAUUAUUUAAAACAUUACAAGAAUGCUGCUGAAAUUUUAAAAAACAUACCAGAAUUAUAUUCAAAAAAUGGUUGGGGAAAAAUCGAGUGCUCAAUAAUGCAAACAUAUGCUUCUUGUACUCUUGAAAGUGGAGAUAUUGAGAAAUAUGUAAAAUCAUGUUUAUCUUUAUUAAAAUCUGAAAAAUAUUUAACACAAGAUAAAACAUCAUUUUAUAUUAAACAAAUAGAAAAAUAUGGAAAAGCUUUAAAUAAUGAUAUUUUAUAUCCUUUAGAAAGCUAUUUUUCUGUCCAAUUAAGCACUUUUAUCAAUCAAUUUGAAGAUAGAGAUACUUAUUCUUUAGAGUUGAUAUUAGACAGUAAAAUUUCUAUGGAUAUUUCAAUAGAUAACAUAAGCCUAAAAAUGCAUAAGGAAACUGAUAGUCAAGAAAUAUAUUUUAUUAAAAAAAAUCAUGUUGUAAAACAUGGUAAAAAUAUAAUACAUUUACUGUCAAAUAUAACUAGUCUUGGAAAUCAUAUAAUAGAAACUAUUAAAAUAAGAAUAGGAAAGAUUUAUCUUUUAAAAAAUUUCUUACAUUCAGGAAAAAAACUUCGUAUAGCUUUAUUUCCAAGAAUAGGUUCUCUUAAUGUUAACAUUACAUUACCUACAGAUAUAUUGCAUAAUGAACAAAAAAUAUCUAUAGAAAUAGAUCCAGGAAAAAAUGAAGUUGUUUCUGGUCAUUUAGAUUUAAAAUUUAUUAAUCAAAAUCUUAAAAUUGAUACUUCUAAUGCAGAAGCAUAUUUUUUAAAUAAAGAAAAAAAAAAAAAUCCAUUUAAGUUAAAAGAAAUUACAAAAAAUAGUGUUUUUUUAUUUGAUGCGAUUAACCCAAGUGAAAUACUAGUUCUUAUCAUUCCAUAUUUUUCUGACAAUGAGGUUUCGGAAAUCAAAGCAAAAAUAUCAGUAACGUAUACUACGAAAACUACUGAAUCAUAUAUUUUUUUAUCUAAUUUUAUUUUACCAACUAUUUUACCAUUAUCAAUUAACGUGCAAAAUUAUUUCAAAAAAAACUGUAUCUUUUCUCAAUUUAUAGUUUCUUCUAAUGCAAUAUCUUUACGAAUUACUAAUACAAAUUUGGAAGAUUCAAAAGAUUUUUCUAUUUUUUCAAGUGAAAUUUCAAAUAAAACUCUAAUCCUUACUUCUCAAUCAACAUCCUUUAUAUUCAAAAUUGUUAAAAAAGAAAAAAUAUCUAACUAUCAACAUUUAAUUUUUAAUGUAAUAUAUCAUACAUUAGAAGAAGAAGUGUUUUAUAUUAUUUCUGAUAUGCUUUUUCAUGAAUUACAAUUAAGCAAUUUUCAUAAAUAUUAUUUAUACAUAAUUCAUAUUUUUAAAAAAUUCCAACUAUCUAAAAUUAAUUAUGAUGAUUAUGGAUUAAAACAAACUAUUUUUUCAAAUGAUCAUAUUAAUUAUUGGGAAGAAGAGUUAGCUCUUAUUGAAACUAAUGAUAGAAUGAAAAUAAUAAAGAUUCUGCAAAAAAUUAUGCUUGAACUUGAAAAUAUAUCGAUUGAUAAAAAAUUAUCAAAUUGUCCUCAAAGAAAAAUCAGAAUUCCUAUUAAAAUACCGUUUAUUCAUGUAUUGCAUUCGGUGGAUUUUAUAAUUAAAUCAAAUACAAACACUAAUAAUGAUAUUUACUCAAUUCCAAAAAUAACAGUUGGAGAACCCCUUCAUGCAGAAAUAAGAAUACAACAAAUAUUAGAAUGCGAAUUAGAGAAAAAUUUACUUGAAAAUUCGGAAUUUUUUUACGAAAUAUAUAUUGACAACAAUAUAUGGUUAUUUUCUGGACACAAAAAAGCUAGGUUUUUUAUUAAGAAUAAUUGCUUACAAAUAUUUCCUAUAACAUUAAUACCUUUAAAAUCUGGCCAUCUUAUGCUACCAACUGUCAACAUUACAACAGCAGCAACUUCUAUUUGUUUUGAAGUCGACUAUAACUAUAGUAUAAAAAAUAUUCUUGUUUUACCCUCAGAGUCAUCAAUAACAUUCCAUCUUGGAUCGAUCGAUCAUUCUGAACCACUAUACUCAAUGUAG